AUGAGGCAAAGUACUUCACAAUCUACAACUGAAAUUUUUUCUUGCACAUUGUGUUCUAAAAAAACAUUUAAAAGCAAGUGUGGUUUUAACAUUCAUAAUACCUGUAUUCACAAAUUGCAAGACUAUAUUUUAAAUUCUUCUGAUAACAUUACAUCAAAUAUGCGAAUUUUUUGUACACUAUGUACUCGAAAAGGUUUUAAAAACAAGCAAGGCCUUAUUAGACAUAAAAGAUAUACUCACAGCACAUACAACAUUCCUUAUGCAACCUUAAUAUCUUUACCAGAAGAAGCUAUCAAUGAGUUUAAAGAAACCAUUGUUUAUUUGAUUCAACAUCAACUUUCUAAUCAUAGCAGCUCAAUCGGAUCUCGAUGCAUUACUAUUCCUUGUUUGGAAAGUCAAUUUAUAGGGGUGUUUGGUAAUUAUAUUGCACAGUAUGCACCUAUCCAACAAAUCUAUAAAUGUGUGUUUACAGGUGAAUGUGCAUACGAAACAUUGCAGUUAAUUUUUGGUGAUAGUAAUUGGGGUAUUCGCCAUUAUAUGGGAAAUCAACAAACUGCAGUAAUUUUAUUUACACCAACACAAACUGAAGAUGAUUAUAACAAUACAAAGAAUUUAGGUUUUGAUACUUUACCUCAAGAUCAAAAUGCAACCAAGUUUGAAAUGAAAGUUAAAUAG